UGCUCUUGGUGCAGUGCACAUGCACAUAUUACACACACGCACGCACACAAGACCGCACAUUCUCGCUGCACACACAUAAGGGAGUCCAGACCCCAACCGGCUCUGCCUCCUCCUCAGCUGCUACUAUCUUAGACCUGUUCCUCUUAGCACAUUCCCACAACCUGCCAGUGCCUGCAAGGAGCAGACAUGGGGGCCUGUCCACCCAAGGCAAAGGGGCCCUGGGCCCAACUGCAGAAACUUCUGAUCUCCUGGCCGGUUGGAGAACAAGACUGGGAACAGUACCGGGACCGGGUCAAUAUGCUACAACAGGAAAGGAUUCGAGAUUCUCCAUUGCUGCAGGCGGCCAAGGAAAAUGAUCUGCGUCUCCUUAAGAUACUUCUGCUGAACCAGUCCUGUGAUUUUCAACAAAGAGGAGCUGUGGGGGAGACGGCGCUGCACGUCGCAGCCCUCUAUGACAACCUGGAAGCCGCCACGUUGCUGAUGGAGGCCGCCCCAGAGCUGGCCAAGGAGCCCGCCCUGUGUGAGCCAUUUGUAGGUCAGACUGCACUGCACAUCGCUGUCAUGAACCAGAACCUGAACCUGGUGCGCGCACUGCUUGCUCGUGGGGCCAGCGUCUCUGCCAGAGCUACAGGUGCUGCCUUCCGCCGCAGUCCCCACAACCUCAUCUACUAUGGAGAGCACCCUUUGUCCUUUGCUGCCUGUGUGGGCAGCGAGGAGAUCGUGAGGCUGCUCAUUGAGCACGGAGCCGACAUCCGGGCCCAGGACUCCCUGGGAAACACGGUGCUGCACAUCCUCAUCCUGCAGCCCAACAAGACCUUUGCCUGCCAGAUGUACAACCUGCUGCUGUCCUACGAUGAGCACAGUGACCACCUGCAGUCCCUGGAACUCGUGCCCAACCACCAGGGCCUCACUCCCUUCAAGCUGGCAGGGGUGGAGGGCAACACUGUGAUGUUCCAGCACCUGAUGCAGAAGCGGAAGCACGUCCAGUGGACCUGUGGGCCACUGACCUCCACACUCUAUGACCUCACGGAGAUCGACUCCUGGGGAGAGGAGCUGUCUUUUCUAGAGCUCGUGGUCUCUUCCAAGAAGCGAGAGGCUCGGCAGAUCCUGGAGCAGACGCCAGUGAAGGAACUGGUGAGCUUCAAGUGGAAGAAAUACGGGCGGCCUUACUUCUGCGUGCUGGCUUCCCUGUACAUUCUGUACAUGAUCUGCUUCACCACCUGCUGCAUCUACCGCCCCCUCAAGUUGCGUGACGACAACCGCACUGACCCUAGAGAUAUCACCAUCCUCCAACAGAAGCUGCUGCAGGAGGCCUACGUGACUCACCAGGAUAACAUCCGACUGGUGGGAGAGCUGGUGACCGUGACAGGGGCUGUGAUCAUUCUGCUCCUAGAGAUCCCAGACAUUUUCAGAGUUGGUGCCUCUCGCUAUUUUGGACAGACCAUCCUCGGGGGACCCUUCCAUGUCAUCAUUAUCACCUACGCUUCCCUGGUGCUCCUGACCAUGGUCAUGCGGCUCACCAACAUGAAUGGGGAGGUGGUCCCCUUAUCCUUUGCCCUGGUGCUGGGCUGGUGCAGUGUCAUGUACUUUGCUCGAGGAUUCCAGAUGCUAGGCCCAUUCACCAUCAUGAUCCAGAAGAUGAUUUUUGGAGACCUAAUGCGUUUCUGCUGGCUAAUGGCUGUGGUUAUCCUGGGAUUUGCCUCAGCGUUCCAUAUCACUUUCCAGACAGAGGACCCUAACAACCUGGGGGAAUUCUCUGACUACCCCACGGCACUGUUCAGCACCUUUGAGCUGUUCCUCACCAUCAUCGACGGCCCCGCCAACUACAGUGUGGACCUGCCCUUCAUGUACUGCAUCACCUACGCCGCCUUCGCCAUCAUCGCCACACUGCUCAUGCUCAACCUGUUCAUUGCCAUGAUGGGCGACACUCACUGGCGGGUGGCCCAGGAGCGGGAUGAGCUCUGGAGGGCCCAGGUUGUGGCCACCACCGUGAUGCUGGAGCGGAAGAUGCCUCGCUUCCUGUGGCCUCGCUCUGGGAUCUGUGGGUAUGAGUAUGGACUAGGAGACCGCUGGUUCCUGCGGGUUGAGAACCAUCAUGACCAGAAUCCUCUGCGAGUGCUUCGCUAUGUGGAAGCAUUCAAGUGCUCAGACAAGGAGGAUGGACAAGAACAACUUUCUGAGAAACGGCCCUCUACGGUUGAGAGCGGGAUGCUAUCCAGAGCCUCUGUGGCAUUCCAAACCCCCUCCCUAUCUCGAACCACAUCCCAAAGCAGCAACAGUCACCGGGGCUGGGAGAUCCUUCGUCGAAACACCUUGGGACACUUGAAUCUUGGACUGGACCUUGGUGAAGGAGAUGGAGAGGAAGUCUACCAUUUCUGAUCAGGAUCCCUGUUACUCUUGACCUGACUCAUCUCACCCUUCACAUCAGCAUGUCUGGAGAUAGGCAUGUUCACCUAUUGUCCACACAUCUGCACUGUUGGGAGUUCCACAGUUUGUGAAAAAGGGGUAUCUUUUUGAACAUAGUUGGACUUGGUAACUAAAGACAUGAGGUAGGGAUGCUAGAUUAAUGUCUGGACCAUCUUUUUUUCUGUCUUAUGUGGGCACUGGGAAGUAGAAAGCCCUGCCUGGUUCCACAGGGCUUACUGUGAGAAGAGCCAAGCAUGAUAUAGAGGUUGUGGACUUUCCCGUCUUCCUGGCAUCUUGUAGGAUUUUUCUCCAUACUAGCAAUCAAACCUCAACUACAAAACCUCCAGAAGAAAGAUUCUAUAUUCUUACUUUAUUCACAUUUUCUUUUAUUGUAGGAAAAUACAGAUAAAAUAUACUGUUUAAAUCAUUUGUAGAUGUACCAUCUGGUGGCGUUAAGAACAUUCAUAUUGUAUAAUCAUCACCAUUGUUCAUUUACAGAAUUUGGUCAUGAUCCAAGACUGAAACUCCUCUUAUAGCCAUUAAACAAUAGCUCCCCACUGACCCCUGUCUCCAGCCCCUGAUAACCGAUAUCCUAAUUCCUUUCUAUGAAUUUCACUGCACUAGGUAACUCAUAUAAGUGAGGCCAUGAUAGUCCUGUUGAGUCUGGCUUAUGGCACUUAGCAUAGUGUUGAAGGAGUCAUCCAUGUUGUAGUACUUAUUCAGAUUUCAGUCUUUCUUAAGGCUGAAUAUUUUAUUAUACAAGGGUACUUCAAAAAGUUCAGGGGAAUUGGAAUUAAAGGAUAAGCUUAUUUAAUGUAAAAAAUCUCAAAAUCCAUGCAUAGCUUUUUCUUUGACCUUUUUGAAGAUGACUCCUUUAUGAAAAGUUCAUGAAAAAUGUGUAUUAUUCUACAUUCCCUCCUAUUGAGUCUGACGUCAUAUCUCACUGUAGUUUUGAUUGUCUUUUCCUAAAGUCUAAGGAUAUUGAGUAUCUUUUCAUAUGCUGAUUUAAUAGACAUGUGUGUAUCUUCUUCUGAAAAAUGUCUAUUCAAGUUCUUUGCCCAGU